CUCUCAGACGGGCGGCAGCGGCGGUGGCGAGCUGCGCACCGAAAGGGCGCCCACCUCCCCAGGCGAGCUGCAGCACGACCAUUUUUCACGGGCGGCUGGGGUCUGCGCUGCAGCUGCCGCCGCGCUCCGGCCCAGGCUGCCGCGAGAGGGGGCGGCGGCGGCGGCGGCGGCGGCGGCGGCGGCCCCGGCCGCGGCCGGCCUGCGGCGCCCCCCGGCUGCGCCCCCGCGCGUAGCUCGCGGCCCAGGCCAUGGGGCUGGGCGGAUCCGGGGCUCGGCUGAGCUGAGGCGGCGGCGCCUGGCAGUGCGCCCUGCUGGCAGGCGCCUGGCUCUCACGAUGAUGAAGAAGAAGAAGUUUAAGUUUAAGGUGGACUUCGAGCUCGAGGAGCUCUCCUCGGUGCCCUUCGUCAAUGGGGUCCUCUUCUGCAAGAUGCGGCUGCUGGACGGCGGCAGCUUCACCGCCGAGUCCUCCAGGGAGGUGGUACAAGCAAACUGUGUUCACUGGAGAAAGAAGUUCUCGUUUAUGUGCAAAAUGAGUGCAAGUGCUGCCACAGGCAUCCUAGAUCCUUGUAUCUACAGAGUAUCAGUGAGGAAGGAAUUAAAAGGUGGAAAAGCUUAUGCAAAGCUGGGCUUUGCAGAUCUAAACCUGGCAGAGUUUGCUGGAUCAGGAAAUACCACUCGCCGCUGUUUACUGGAAGGCUAUGAUACCAAAAAUACAAGACAGGAUAAUUCCAUUCUUAAAGUUUUGAUCAGUAUGCAACUGAUGUCUGGUGACCCAUGUUUUAAAACGCCUCCCUCCACAUCAAUGUCUAUACCAAUUGCCGGUGAAUCUGAAUCUUUGCAAGAAGAUAGAAAAGGUGGAGAGACUCUCAAAGUGCAUCUUGGAAUAGCAGAUCUUUCAGCAAAGAGUGCCUCUGUUCCAGAUGAACUUGGUGCCUGUGGACAUUCUAGAACAUCAAGCUAUGCAAGCCAGCAGUCAAAAGUAUCAGGGUAUAGCACGUGUCACUCCCGGUCAUCUAGUUUCUCUGAGCUCUGCCACAGGAGAAAUACCUCAGUGGGAAGCACAUCAACAGGAGUUGAAAGUAUUCUAGAGCCAUGUGAUGAAAUUGAGCAGAAAAUCCCUGAGCCAAAUCUUGAUGCAGCUGAUAAAGAAGAGACAGCUUUGGAAAAACUCAACAGAUGCCCAGUGAAACAAGAUUCUGUAGAAUCUCAGCUGAAGCGAGUUGAUGACACCAGGGUGGAUGCAGAUGAUAUUGUGGAGAAAAUAUUACAAAGUCAAGACUUCAGCCUAGAUUCCAGUGCAGAAGAAGAAGGACUAAGGUUAUUUGUGGGUCCUGGGGGAAGUACAACCUUCGGCAGUCAUCAUCUUCCAAAUAGGGUGGGGUCUGGAGCCUAUGAACAAGUUGUGAUCAAACGCUAGAAGUCAAGCCAGUGAAAACAUUUUCCUGUGGAUUUAAGAUGUAAGUAGUUGAUGUAUCAAGGCAUUUUAUUCAAGCACUUAAUAGAAAAUGAACCUCAGCUCUCAAGAGGAAAGCCACUGCUGAUUUCUUCUCUGAAAGGACCCACCGCCAUCCUGUACCAGCCACCAAAGGGGAACAUUUGCAUGGCAGUCUCCAGGCACUGUGCUGCUGUGUGUGCCUUGGAAGCACCAGGCUUCUGUGGUCACUGCACUUGAUAAUGAAAAGCCUGCUUUUUCUUUCAGAACACCCCAGUGGAGAAAACAGCAUUAUACACAUCAAAGUAUAAUUUUAAGAUUCAAAUGUAAAAAUCUGUGAUAAAGGUGCUCAAUAGAUUUGGGCUUAUUUGGGUUUUUUUAGUUUUAUGUUUGAGACACAGUACAUGAAUAUAACUUAAACCCUAUAGAUUUUUGUCAAGAUGGUUAUAAUCCCUGUUCAGGAAAUUUUCCCUAUUAUACUACCUACAGCAUUGUAUAAAGCGUGGGUGUUCAUGCUUUGGGAAAAUGUUAGACUACAAUUUAAACAUGUAAAGUGCUUAUUCAUAAUUCUAAAUGUACCUGUCAUAAAUGAAAUGAUAAGUGCAUUUAAGUCUGAGACGUGAACGGAUGUAAUGCCAUUAUUAUUGUCAGUUGUCAUUAAUAUUAGAUGAGCUGCAGAACCAUCCCCCAAGCACUACAUAAAAGAUUCAAAAUAAGUUUAACAUUCACUGUGUUGGGCUACCAUAGGCACCCUAACAGAAGAGCUAUCUUAACUCACUGACAUUUAAGAUCUGCUGGUUUCAGGAGUCAAAAUAUAGAAAAAGAGGAAAAUUGUGAUAUGGUCAGAAACAGGGAAGGCUUUUCUAUGUAAAUUCAGACUUACCUGAGGCUGACAGUUUUCCGAAGUGGUGGUGGGUAGCAGUGUGACAGCUGCCUGCCGUGACUGAUGCGGACUGGCAGGUUUCCAUUUCGUAGGUACUGUUUUCUUCUCUACUGCGUCAAAACUGAGUUGUUUUCAGGCAAGAGUAGAAUAUAACAUACAUCAAAUAUAGCUUUUAAAAUAAGAAUACCUGGUCUGGAUCCAGUUGAGCAGCACAGCAGAUAAACUUUAGAGUUUUUCUGUUCUUACAUGACAGUUUCCAUGUGGAAAGAUCUAAACUUUUCUUGGAAUCAUUAUUAGUGAAGAAAAAUAUAUAUUCUGUAUAACCAGUAAUUCCCCAAUUCUUACUUUCAAAAUCAUAUACAAGGAAGAUAAUAUGUCAGAAUAGAAUGACUUUGGUCUGGGUGUUUUCACAUUGUCAAAAUAAGGCGGAAAUUAUAUUAUUUUAAUAUACAAAUUUAGAGGCUUGGAAAAUUUUGAAUAAUCUUAGGACCUUUGUUGCUGUUUUUUAUAUUUCAAGGAUUGGGUAUUCUGCAUUAAUCCAAUACAAUUAUAUAUAUAUAUAUAUAUAUAUAUAUAUAUAUAUAUAUAUAUAAUUGCGUUUUAGGUUGGGGGGUACAUGUGAAGAACAUGCAGGAUUGUUGCAUGGUACAUACAUGGCACUGUGGUUUGCUGCCUUCCUCCCAUCACCUCUAUCUGGCAUUUAACAAAGAGAUUCUGGAAAUUUUUAAAAGAUGAUACCCUGUUUUAUAUUUUGAAUGUAGAGAGACUCUGAGAGAGACGGUUUUCUGAAUGAUUAUACUUUUUAUUUUUUAAGAAUUAUUUUUAAGAAUAAAACAUUGACCUGAACAUUUUAGCCUAACCAAGGGACUUCAGUAGUAAAGACUUGCUUUCUGCCCUCAGGUGAACUAAUCCGUUCAUUAUAUAUUAUGGGAAAAAUCAAAGAAAGUUUUUUAUAGAGCUAUGAAGAUAUUAUUUAGAGAGAUAUUUAUGACAUUUCUUAGAACAUAUUUUUCUAUUUUCAGAAUAUUAUUUCUAGGCUAUAUUUUUAUUGGUGCUGUGCAAAUGAUUUUGCUGUUUUGAAAAUGAUAAAACUAGAUUGUAAGUGGGGUUCAGUGAGGACAUUCAUCAGACAUAUAAGAGGUGCUAUAAUCAGGGCGAUGCCCGUCUUACUCACCCUUGGCUGCGCUUGGUCCAACACCUCUCUAUACAAGACUGCUUCUCAGUAUUUAAAACGGUACAGAAUUCUUUUUUAAAAGUAGAGAGAUUUUUGAAAAGCUUAAAAUCAUGCCUUUAUAAUCUUAGCAGCCAUCAGAUAUAUCUUGAUUUAUGUAGUAGUAAAUAUAACAAAUAUUUUAGUAAAUAGAAACAUUUAUUAGGAAGAAAAAGGAACUAAUGUCUGUGUCUUCUGUAGUCAGUGAAAGUCUGGAUUCAUUUCAUCCUAUUUUCUGUUCCAUUGGCACACUUUGUAUUUAGAUUUCAGGGCAGUCCUUUCAAAAUACUCACUAAGGAUUGCCUAAGUGUCUGCCUGUUUUCUAAUUUUCCUUUUCUUGGAGCAUGUAUUGUUAACAUCUUAACCAUGUAGCUGUUGAAAAAAUCUGUUUAUUAAAUACCAAGUCCACUUCUUUUUAUGUUUUGAGUUUAGAAAAUUUGACUUGAAAAUUUAGAUUCUUAAUAUUGAUUUUUAAAUAUUAAAGUCAAAUUUCAGAUCACCUAGUGUUGGAGAAUUUGCAGAUGUAUACAAUACUUUUUCUAAUUCUAUCCUAGAGAAUUAGACAGACUCCACUCCACCAUCUCCACCACUCCACCAUCUCAUUCCAGCAUGACACUAUCAAAAUAAUGGUCUAACUCUAGAUGCUUUUUUUCUUUUUUAAUUUUUUUUUUUUCCUUUUUUAAGAGAGACAGGGUCUUGCUGGGUCACCUGGGCUGGAGUGCAGUGGCUCAAUCAUUGCUCACUACAGCCUCCAACUCCCAGGCUCAAACAAUCCUCCCACCUUGGCCUCCCAAAGUGCUGGGAUUACAAGCAUGAGCCACUGUGCCCAGCCUGGUUUCUUUUGUAUUUGCUUUUUUACUAAACUGUGAGCCACAGUGAUUAAACACUUAGCUAAUUUGUUGCUAGAAGAGAGAAAAAAAAUCUCCAACUAGCCUCCAGACAAAACAUACUCAAAGUCAAACGGCAGUUUUAAUAAAUUAAAACAUACAGAAGUAAUUUUAGUCUUUCAGAUUUCCAUGCCAACUAGAAUACUUUGCAAGCUGAAGCUGACAUUAUUAUUAAAUACUUCAUUUAAGUACAUACUCGGAAGUGUCAGGCUCCCUAUAGCAACACUCUGAGAGACAGACUGGGCUCAUAUGAUGGUGUUGCAUUUUAUUUUCUUAACAGGUCUUUAAAUUGGGCAGUUCUGAAAUUAUGUUUUGUCAGUUCUAGAUGGUACAUCAUGUGAAUACAAUCAAGUACUGUAGCUGAAAUUGUGUUAUGCCACUACUCAUAUGUUGUCUUAGGUACUAUGCAUAAUGUUAACAGCUGAGAUGUUAAAGAAUUUGAAGUUUAAAAUAUAAAAGAUGAAUAUACCAAUAUUAAUCCUAUGUUAAGAUGCUCUGGAAAUAAAGGCCUUAUUCCCUUACAUAUGCGAUUUUUGUAAGAUAAUGUAUACACAGUGUAUUUUAAAUGUUUGUGUGGGUGGUCUGUGUAGUUACUCCCCUUACAACAAAGCUGACAACAUUUUUAAUUUACAUAGACAAUGUAUUCUGCAUUUUCAAAUGUUGAUCUUAUAUAUAUAGCAAAGAAAUUAUCUUACUGAUAUGCAUUGACCAAAUCCCAUAGAGGAAAGACAUUUAGUUACAUCUCAUCUGGGGCUCCUCUUUGUCUCAUGUGUUUGAUUUUUUGGAAAGUGAUACAGUGUGUGGGUAACCAUGCAAAUGUUUAUGAGUAACUUUAUUGAAGUGACUCCAUCAAUAUUGUUCUAAUACUUGGAGAAUGACCUUCAUAUUUAUAUAUUUCUUUGUUUCAACUAUGCAGUCAUAAUCCAGGAAAUGUUUCCUUUUUUUUUUUUUUACAAAAACUAAUUUUUUAUUUGUAAAAUGUUUGUAAUAAUGUAAAGGUGAACAUGUUCAAUAAAAAUCAUAUGUUAAAAGUUUA